UCUACAAUAUUUUACCACUGACAGUUCAAGCGGAUCAGCUUUUCAAUAAAAUGGGUAAGAUGAAAGACAUAAGCACAGAUGAAGAUAUAACUGUAGAAACUAAUGAGGUAUCUCCUCAAAAAAGACACAAGAAGCAUAAACAUAAGAAACAUAAAAAGAAGAAACCAACACACGAUGAGAGCGAUAAUUUUAAUGAUGUUGCUGUCGAAGCAGAGAAAAAGAAGACAUUUAGAGUUAAAAUGAAGAAGGAUGAUGAUAAAGGUUUAGAGAAACCUCGCGAGAAAGUGAUAAAGUCAUCUAAUCUUAGUGUCGCGGGUUCAAGUACAGCACCAUCACCAAAAGCCACAACAAAGAAAAAGGUACCAAAAGGUAAUAAAGGUAAAGAUAGCGGUACUAGUAGUGAAGAGGAACGAUGGCUUGAUGCAAUAGAAUCUGGUAAACUGGAAGAGGUGGACGAUGAAUUAAAAAAAAUUAAACCGAAGGAUCCAAAAUUAAUGACGGCUCGGCAAAGGGCUAUGUUUGAAAGAAAAACUGAUACAGAACCAAAUCCGGGCGUAGAGCAGCUUAUGUCUUUACCAACUGGAUAUAAAGAAAAAGUUAUGACGGCGGAAGCCAUACAGAAAGCUGCUCUUAAGUCUUUAAAAAGGAAACAACUUGCAGAUGAGAAACGUGAAAAAGAUAAGAAAAAAACAAUGGAAAGAUUAUUGAAGAAACAGGAGUCCAAAGCUUCUAAAGUCAUUAGUAAAGGAAAACCUUCCAGAAGACAAGUUCCUUUAAUUACAUAUCGUUUAACGCUCGAAAGAAGUUCGAUAUCUUUGCCCCCUGGAGAAAACUUUCCAUUACAGCCUACACAAGGAAAAGACCCUCCAAAGCAGUUCCUUUGCGGCGUAAAUCAAUGCAAAAAUCCGAAAAAAUAUUCGUGCUCAAAGACUGGAGUACCAUUGUGCAGUUUAGAAUGUUAUAAAACUAAUUUAGCAAUAUCUACAUGAGUGCAGGAUGCGUCACUAGUUAAAUUCUAAUGUCUUUCAGAAUAUUAUAGGUUUGUCUCAUUCAUGGACACUACAACUAUUAAUUUAUUUAUUACGAUGUUCGCUGAAGUCGCUUAUUACCAUUACUGCAAUAACGCGUUCAAAUUUAAUUCUAUCAAUGCAAUAAAUAUUGAACUUUUGCACGUAUAAUAUCAUUAAAUUCCUUGGAAAAGGAAAAGAAAUGUAGAGCAUGUUGUACGUGAAAAAGAAUUAAAAAUUAAAUUAAUCGAUCGUUUAUCUUUAGAUGCAGCCAGUAUGAUGGAUACUUUGUAAAUAUUUUUGUACAUGCAAACCGUCUGUACAGUUUUGCCUACAUAGAUAAUUAUGUCGUUGUAAUAUUUUUUAACAUCAAACCACUACAUUCAGUCCGAAGAAUGAAUGUAUUUUUUAAAUAAAGUGAAAGGAACAGAUUGUGUAACGUUUAUUCGCUAUCCACAAAACCGAGUGCCGAUUUUCUGGAAGCGUUGUUAUAAUUUACCAAUAUGAGUUACGUGAACAUUAUAUCUUCCGACGAAAGGAAAAAAACCAAAUCUGCAUCGAAUGCAACUUGCGUAACUAGGACUAGCCUAGGCCUUGCUUUCACCAACCGAGAUAGGUUCAUCCAAGUCGUCGUUUGAUCGUGAACCGCGUAACAUCGCAGUGUUUUCGGGUCAUCGCUGAUUCGUGUUUCGCGAUGGCAACAUUACAAUCGAUAUAGAUUAACGAAACUUUUACCAUUAUUCAGAUUUUUUUUGGGCCACGAUGUUGUGGUUCAGCAAUUUUACGAUUUUUGUCAUUCUUUUAAUUUUACUAAAGACUUCAAGAUCUCAAACACGGGGUGAGGAAAUAUAUUUAUUUUUCGCGGAGGAAAUAGUUUUAAAGUUUGAAACGGUCACAGUUAUUUAAACAAAACUAGAAAUGUUCACUUGGCACAAUUUGUUUCAUAAGUGUAUUGACCUCAACGCCGC